AUGAAAACGAUCGUCGUUCUGUACGCACUAUUUGGUGCGGUUUUUGGCAAUUCUUUGAUAUGCCGCAACUAUCAAAAUGGAGCACUUCUUCCGAAUCCGGAAAACUGUGCUGAAUUCUUUAUGUGUCGCCCAGGACGAGCCGUACGAUUCACCUGUCCGCAAUUCACUAAGUACAAUGCAGCCAUUCAAGCUUGUGACCCGACGCUAGCCGUCCGCUGCAAACCUGGUAAACUACCGGUGGACAACGAGUACACCCCAAUAACCGCUCUUCCAUCCCAAAUCGAGCACACCAACACGGCAUGCAUCAACCAACCGAUGGCCAAACUUCUGCCAAAUCCAACCGAUUGCGGCAGCUUCUAUCAGUGUUCCCCAACCGGAGUGAUCCGAUUCGAGUGCCCUGCCGGAACGCUGUUUGACUCCAACAGGCUAUACUGUGAGCGAAGCGAUAUCACUUCGUGUACAAUAUUCAUACCGGAAAUGCCGAUGCUACCAAUCCAUCCGAUACUACCUCCGAACCCAAUCGUACCCGAAACGGAAGACGCACUGCUCAGACGCUGUCGCGGUCAACCCGAAGGAUCUAAAAUCAGGAAUCCAUUCAAUUGUCGCCAGUACAUCCACUGUCUCUCCGGUAACCGAUCGCGGAUUUUCGACUGUCCAGCAGGAACGGCUUUCGAUGAGCAGCGUACGGCCUGUGACUGGGAACGAAACGUGAAGUGCAAUCGAAGUGAAUUGGAGUGA